AUGGUCCAAUGCCACUGCAAUGCAUUAAAGAAAAAGGGACUCCACAAACUAAUUUUGUCCUCUCUGCGCCCAUUCGCCCACCUUCAGAUGGCGCCUCUGAUCUCUCUCUUCUCUCUCUCAAGCUUGAUGCAAUGCGCCCUGCUUCUUCUUUUCCUGCGACAUCGCUGUGCCGAUCAGCGCCCCUCCCCUCAAAGCUUAACUCUGACGGGCACCAUUGCAAUUAUAAUCACCACCAAGCUUGGCUUGGGGCCGAGACUUUUAAUUCCAGACUUUUUUCGACUCGUCCAAUGUCUCCGUAGCUAUCCCGUCACUCGUCACCGCCAUUGGAGCUCUUCCGGCAUCGUCAUUGUCAACUCACUCCCGUCUCCCGUACAUCCCGUCAGGUCCCUCUCCUCUUUCUCCUCUUUCACUCUCCAGUUUCGAAGCCGUACCAUAGCUUCAGGUUCUUCCUCCACACCUUGGCUACUCCAUCGCAUCUCGCCCCCGCUGAGUAAAUGCUCAGCACUUGACCUGUCGUCAAUUCCACCACACUGUAUCAGGCUUGCGGCUUGA